AAUUAUUGUUUGACAUAUGUCAAUUAUGUCAUAUGUGUGACAUUGACAGUUGUCGUCCUUUUUGAGUCAUUUUGCAUAAACAUUUGUAAAUUAUGGAGUCAAGGAUAGAAACGUCGGAAUUGCAGCAAUUGGUGGGAAGCGACGUCGACGGUGAGAACGACGACAGUACAGCCCACGACGAGACCAUAACCGAAGUGAAAGUCAUAUCUCCCGUCAGGAGCACUAAAUAUUUACAGAUGUCAUCGUCUGGCAACACGAGUCGCAGUUCAGUUACUAAACUGGGGGCCCGCUACAAUUUGGGCCCAAGUGCCCUAAACCCGAAGGUGUCUUUCGUGAAUGAGAAACGCGUCAACCGUGAUAUCAGCAAAACUUCAACAGCCAGGCCCAGAAACGUUCACAAAGAUAGUAAUACAAAUGUCCAACACCACUGUUUUAUCUCCGAAGUGCCCGAUGUGAGACACAUGGAAAAGGCGCUUUUGGGGCUCUUGGCCGACUUCCAUUCGGGGAAACUCAGGGCGUUUGGAAGCGGCUGCACUAUGGAACAAAUGACCAACAUUAGACAACAGCAGGAAAAAUUAGCCAAAUUGCAUUUUGAUCUGGGGGCAGCCACUGUGCCCUCACUCAACGAUGAAAAUCUCCUAAGGUCGCAAAACACAAUGACGCAACUUAUACAAAGACUGGAGCAGUUGAGUGUCUCGAUAGAGGGGCUCCAUAGCACCAACAAAUAACCUGUUAUGAUUCCAUUUAAAUGUUAUGUUCCUUUAAUUGUAUUUUUAUGUAAAUUUUCCAAUAAUAAAAUUUGUGGUUUCAAA